AUGUUCCCUUUUUGCCCCUUCCCAUUCGCGUCUCUUUCGAUUCGAACGUUUCGUUUGCUCUCAGCUUUCCAGUCCGUUUCGAACCAGUUGGUUGGGCUGGUUGGGGGCAGCCAUGGAAGAUCAGAGUUCACUGUUCUGCAUGCGUGGGGGGCCGUCGACUUUCGUUUGGGGAGGCGCGCUGCAAAUCCAGCCGCCCUUUUGGUCUUUAUCUUAUCGGUUCUCCUCUCAGAUGUUGUGUUCGUGUGUUGCUGUUCCAGAUGCGCUUCAUCCUUCUUCUCAUCGCACGGUUUUAGCUCAAAGGAUUUCUGGUUUUCUAGGGAGGAAGAUCUAAGGAAAAAGAACUGGAGUAAUCAAUAUGAGAACCCCCAGUCAGCUCAUCAAUCUGCAAAGAUCAGUUCAACAGUACUCUGA